AUGGAUGAAGCCCUCCCCCGCGGAUCCGCCGACCAGGCCCUCGCCCGCCUCGGCUACAAGGGCGAGCUGCCGCGCAACCUCUCGAUGCUCUCCAUCCUCGGCCUCUCCUUCGCCAUCAUGGCCGUGCCCUUCGGCCUCAGCACGACCAUGUACAUCACCCUGACCAACGGCCAGGCCGUCACCGUCCUCUGGGGCUGGGUCCUCGUCUCCGCCAUCUCGCUCUGCAUCGCCGCCUCCCUCGCCGAGAUCUGCGCCGUCUACCCGACCGCCGGCGGCGUCUACUACUGGUCCGCCAUGCUGGCCCCGGCCGGCUGGGCGCCCCUCGUCAGCUUCGUCGACGGCUGGCUCACCCUCGUCGGCAACUGGACCGUCACCCUGAGCAUCAACUUCAGCGGCGCCCAGCUGAUCCUGAGCGCCAUCAGCAUCUUCAACGAGGACUUCGUCGCCAACGAGUGGCAGACGGUGCUGUGCUUCUGGGCCGUCAUGCUCGUCUGCGCCUCGGUGAACGCCUUUGGGUCGCGCUACCUGGAUCUGAUCAACAAGGUCUGCAUUUACUGGACCGGCGCCUCGGUCCUCAUCAUCAUGGUCACCAUCCUCGUCAUGGCGCCGAGCAAGCGAUCCGCCGAGUUCGUCUUCACUCACUACGACGCCUCUGAGAGCGGAUGGCCCUCGGGCUGGUCCUUCUUCGUCGGCCUCCUCCAAGCCGCCUACACCCUCACCGGCUACGGCAUGGUCGCCUCCAUGUGCGAGGAGGUCCAGAACCCCGAGCGCGAGGUGCCCCGCGCCAUCGUCCUCUCCGUCGCCGCCGCCGGCGUCACGGGCGUCAUCUACCUCAUCCCCAUCCUCUUCGUCCUCCCCGACAUCCGCAUGCUCCUCGACGUCGCCAACUCUCAACCCAUCGGCCUCCUCUUCAAGACCGUCACCGGCUCCGCCGCCGGCGGCUUCGGCCUGCUCUUCCUCAUCCUCGGCAUCCUCAUGUUCGCCGGCAUCGGCGCCCUCACCGCCGCCUCGCGCUGCACCUACGCCUUCGCCCGCGACGGCGCCAUCCCGGGCUACAAGCUCUGGGCCCGCGUCAACCACAAGCUCGACAUGCCCCUCUGGGCCCUCGGCCUGUCGACCGGCGUCGACUGCAUCCUCGGCUGCAUCUACUUCGGCUCCAGCGCCGCCUUCAACUCCUUCACCGGCGUCGCCACCAUCUGCCUGUCGACGAGCUACGGCGUGCCCGUCCUCGUCAACCUCAUGCAGCGCCGCCGCGCCGUCGCCAACUCGCCCUACCCGCUCGGCCGCUUCGGCACCGUCAUCAACUGCAUCUGCAUCGUCUGGAUCUGCUUCGCCGUCAUCAUCUUCUGCAUGCCCGUCAGCCUGCCCGUCGACGCCUCGUCCAUGAACUACGCCUCCGUCGUCUUCGCCGGCUUCGCCUUCAUCGCCAUCGUCUGGUACUUUGCCUACGCCCGCAAGAACUUCACCGGCCCGCCCGUCGCCAAGGAGGAGUUCCAGCCCGGCCCGGACGGCGUCAUGGAGGGCAAGAUCCCGGGAGGGGCCCUCGACUCGGAGACGACGGCGAGUACGGAGAAGAAGUAG